GGACGCCCCCGCGCGAGCACAGGGACCACAGUGACCUUGGCACCGUUAAGGUAACUACCGCAAGGGGAAAAUGGCUUCCAGCUUUAAGAAGUCAAACGUGGCCCCUGUUAGCCUGAAAAAGAAGUUGAGUCCUAAGCCUGAACUCACUGAAGAUCAGAAGCAAGAAGUCCGAGAAGCGUUUGACCUCUUCGAUGCAGACGGAAGUGGGACCAUCGACGUGAAGGAGCUGAAGGUGGCCUUAAGAGCGCUGGGCUUCGAACCUACGAAGGAAGAGAUGAAGAAGAUGAUCUCUGACAUAGACAAGGAAGGCACAGGGAAAAUCAGCUUCAAUGACUUCUUGGCCGUAAUGACGCAGAAGAUGGCUGAGAAGGAUACCAAAGAAGAAAUUUUGAAGGCUUUCAGGCUCUUUGAUGAUGAUGAAACCGGGAAGAUCUCUUUCAAAAACCUAAAGCGUGUGGCCAGUGAGUUGGGGGAAAACCUCACUGAUGAGGAGCUACAGGAAAUGAUAGACGAAGCUGAUCGGGAUGGAGACGGUGAAGUGAACGAGGAAGAGUUUCUUCGGGUCAUGAAAAAGACCAGCCUGUAUUAAAGUCAGCUUUUCCAGGAGGAUGUGUAGGGAAGUCGAGUGACUUGCUGGUUCCUGUCUCUGCUUUAUAAAACCUUGUGUUGGAGGACAGUAGUUAUUUUAUCUGCUCCCCUACCCCAAUUUGUCUAGAAACAUCUAUAUUAUCAAUCUCUGGCCUCAAGAGUUUCAAAGAUAAUAUUUUUAAAAUUUUCUGUCCUUAAAUCUAGCCUUCAAUAUCUAAAAAUAGAGGUUUGAUGAGUUUAUGACAAUCUUAAGUAUUAAAGAACAAGGCAUCCAUCUUUUUAAGUUGCUUUUUCCUAAUUUCUAAUAAAUUGUAAAAUGAAAAUG